AUGGCAAACGAAUCCAAAGGCACCUAUGUGGCCAUGUGGGUCGUCUCCGGAGCGAAAGAGCCAGUUUUGUUGGAGGAAGCGAGUUUCCGCAGAUUUUCUAGCUCUCCGGCAAGUCCAGUGAUUUCCCGGCCCGAUUUCAACCUUGUAAUCGACACCAGUUCUUCUCCGUCACCUGAAUCAGUCACGAUCCCUGAAGACGUCACUCUCUCUGUCACCAAAUUCCGCAAAAGCUUUCUAAUAAAGUUGUUUGUGUUCUCUCCUGAGAUAAGAAGGUUUGAAAUUCUGAUGUUCGUAGCUUUGUUUAGCGCAACUGCCUUUCCGAUUAGAUUGUGGUUGCACCUUAUUUUUAUGGCUUGCCCGGGGGUUAGGUAUGCAUACAUGCCAAAGUCUAGUGAUCAGUCUCUUUUAAUAUUCAUGGAUAUUCCAAUUAUAAAACAUCCUUCAAGGACUGCUAUGGAUUCACUCAAUUUCACCAACGAGACUGCGUUAAAGGUGCAAGAUGAGAAUUCUAGCUUCAAUGAAGCAAUAAAUUCGAACAAAAGUAUCAAUAAGGAUGAACAAAAGCUUGCAAUUCAAAAGCGCACCGGAGGAUGGAAGUAUGCAAGCAUUUUGCUAGUGAAUCAAGGGCUAGCAACACUAGCUUUCUUUGGAGUCGGUGUGAACUUGGUCUUGUUCUUAACCAGAGUUCUUGAACAGGACAAUGCCAGUGCUGCCAAUAAUGUUAGCAAGUGGACUGGAACAGUUUAUAUGUGUUCGCUCAUUGGAGCUUUCCUUAGUGACGCGUACUGGGGUCGUUACCUAACCUGCACAAUCUUUCAGCUUAUAUUUGUGCUGGGUUUGACUCUGUUGUCAAUAUCAUCAGGACUUUUCUUGGUUAAACCAACAGGGUGUGGUGAUGGCAAGCUAGCUUGCAUGCCAACAUCCUCUAUCGGUACUGCCAUUUUUUAUUUAGCAAUCUAUCUAAUAGCAUUUGGAUAUGGAGGGCAUCAACCUACCAUAGUAACUUUUGGAUCAGACCAAUUUGAUGAUGCUAACCCCACAGAGAAGAGUUCCAAAGCAGCUUUCUUCGGUUUUUUCUAUUUCUCACUCAAUGCUGGAUCUCUAUUCUCCAAUACCAUCUUGGUGUACUAUGAGGAUUCUGGCAGAUGGACACUAGGAUUCUUGGUGUCAUUAGGUUCUGCUGUCCUAGCCCUGGCAUUAUUUCUGUCAGGGACACGCCGUUAUCGGUAUGUGAAGGCAUAUGGAAACCCUUUGCCACGCAUUGCUCAGGUGUUUGUGGCUACAGCAAUGAAAUGGGACGUUGUUGUUCCAUCUAAUUCAGAUGAGCUCUAUGAGGUUGAAGGUCCGGAAUCCGCAAUCAAAGGGAGUAGAAAGAUCAUUCAUUGCAAUGAGUUUGCGUUCUUGGACAAGGCAGCCACAAUAAUAGAGAAUGAUCUAGCUGGCCCGGCAAAUCCGUGGAGGCUUUGCACUGUAACUCAAGUCGAGGAAGCGAAAUGCAUUUUAAAAAUGAUUCCAAUCUGGCUAUGCACCAUAAUCUACUCUGUCAUCUUCACACAAAUGGCUUCUCUCUUUGUCGAGCAAGGAGAUGUUAUGAACUCCAAUAUAGGCAACUUUCACCUCCCAGCAGCUAGCAUGUCUGCCUUUGAUAUCUGUAGCGUCCUUAUCUGCACUGGAAUUUACAGCCAAAUCCUUGUACCUCUAACUGGAAAAUUAAGUGGUAAUCCAAAAGGCUUAACAGAGCUUCAAAGAAUGGGCAUCGGACUUAUUAUUGGAAUGUUAGCGAUGGUUGCAGCAGGAACCACUGAGAUUGAAAGGCUCAGACAUGUCAUUCCAGGGGAAAAGAUUAGCACUUUAAGCAUUUUCUGGCAAAUCCCACAAUACGUUCUUGUUGGGGCAUCAGAGGUUUUUAUGUAUGUUGGUCAGUUGGAGUUCUUCAAUGACCAAGCUCCUGAUGGGAUCAAAAGCUUUGGAAGCUCGCUUUGUAUGGCUUCAAUGUCUCUCGGAAACUACACCAGUAGUUUGUUGGUUAAUAUGAUUAUGACUAUUACUGGUAAAGGUGACAAGCCAGGCUGGAUUCCAGAGGACUUGAACACAGGCCACAUGGACAGGUUUUACUUCCUGAUUGCAGUGCUCACCGCCUUUGAUUUCGUAUUUUACCUGUUUUGCUCUAAAUGGUACAAGUCAAUUGUCUUGGAGGACAGUGUGAAGGAAGUCCAGAUGGAGAACAAGCAAGAUGUGCAUAGCAUGGUUUAGCGACCUUUUUUUUUUUCUCGUUUCUGUGAUCAGGAUUUGAUGUUUGUUCUGAUGUUCAUCUUUUGUGUUCCUGUGUGGAUAUUCAGAAGGAAGCAUGACCUUUUUUUAUCUGUUAGGAUAUAUUUGUGCAAGGGAUGAUUGCUUUCUUAGUAUAUUUUGAUUUGCUGGUUCGGCAAAUUUGGAUAUGCUAAU